UCACAGAAAAAGUUAACUCCUGAACUUCGUAGCCAGAAAAAAUUCAGAUUUUAUAAAAUCACAAGGGAAACUCCAUUGAGUUGACAUGGCAUUUCGCCGUAGGAACAAGAGCUAUCCUUUCUUCAGCCAGGAAUUCUUAAUUCAAAACCAUGCCGACAUCGUUUUCAGUUUGGUGAUUUUCAUUUUGAUUGGAUUAAUGUUUGAGGCCACAGCGAAGACGGCCAUACUGUUCAUUCAGCCUCAGUACAAUAUCACUACUUUAUCACCAGAGGGUGAACUGACUACAUAUCACUACGGAUGGAAGGACGGUGCCACCAUCCUUUUCUAUUUCUUCAUUGCCAUCAUCCUCCACGCAGUAGUGCAGGAGUAUCUUCUUGAUAAAGUGAAUCGACGUCUUCACCUCUCGAAGAGCAAGAACACAAAAUUUAACGAGUCGGGUCAGCUGUGUGUGUUUCACCUGGUGUCGAGUGUGUGGAGUUUUUAUGUCCUCAUAACAGAAGGAUACCUACUGCAUCCCAGCAGCCUAUGGGAGAACUAUCCUCAUGUACAGCUCAGAUUUCAGGUGAAGUUUUUCUACCUCACUCAGCUGGCCUAUUGGCUCCAUGCCUUGCCGGAGCUCUACUUCCAGAAAGUACGCAAGGUCAGUUGGGAGGCCCUGGGAACCGAGGGAGUUCUGCAGAGCCACCAGAUAAGCUGUGUUUAUGCGUCUGCAUUUGGGAGCCUUGUGGAAUAUCUCUGUGUUGGACAAGGGGGGAAAGAAGACGACUCCUCAAGUUUGAGUCGUGUGGGUCUGGUACUCCUCUUUCUCCAGUAUGUCUCAGAGCUGGGCUUCCACAUUGCCAGACUUUUGUACUUUACCGAUGAGACCCAUCAAAAAAUGUUCGAUCUGUGGGCGGCGAGCUUUGUGUUCACACGGAUGGCCACGCUGACCCUGAUGUUCCUCUCCGUGGGGUUCGGCUUGGCUCGUGCUGAGAAUCAGGGGCUGGACUUGGACAUGGGCAAUUUCAACACUGUACUGAUAAGGAUGACAGUUCUACUGCUGGUCUGUUUGACUCAAUCUUGGCUACUCUGGAAGUUUAUCCGGUUCCAGCUGAGGCGCUGGAGGGAGUUCAGACACGAACAGGCUGUUCGCAAGAAGUCUGCCACAAAACAACCCCUGCGGCCACUAAAGAGGGACUCGCUCGGUCACCAAGAAAACGGCGUUCUCAAAGCUGAGAAUGGAGUCUCACCCCGGACAAAGAAACUCAAAUCCCCUUAAAUGUCACACUGACUGGCCUGACCCGUGGUCUUAGCCCUAGCCGAGGUUUCUCAUCAGCACGACAGCGAAGCUAGCGGCCACCUGCCCCCCAGCUUCUGACUGAGAAAGGCCCGCCAUGAUGCAGGGACUCAGUUGCUGCAGACUUAGGCUCGAAUGCUGGAAAAGGAAAUUCAAGGAAAUUCCUUGGGCUCAAAAGACAUUUACUCCUCUCAAUGUAUCAGUAUUUUUUUUGUUCUACACAGCCUGCAGAUGCGCACCAUUGUAUGCAGUGAUAUCAAAUGUUAAGCGGGCGCGGUGGCCGUGUUGAAUACGUGGAGGCUCAUCCUCAGACCUGCGUGCUGUUCUGGCUUACUAUUGAGCCAGAUUUGCUAUUUUUUUUUUUUUUUUCCCACUCUGGUCCACUGGAACAGAAAAGCAUUUCUGAUGAAAUGGUUUGACGUGAGCCAUCAGGCAAAAAACAAAAUGUAUAUUUGUCACUGGUCACUUAUCAAAUGUUCAUUAAGUACAUAUGUUGGAUAUUACCGCAUGCCAUUCCAUUUGUUUUUUUUUAAGUUUAGUUGAUUCCUUUAUUAAAUCAUACAACUUUCUGAAGCAA